UGAAUAUCUAACUGUAACAGCAACAUAUAAAAAUAUGUUAUCGCCUCUUCGGAGGACGCAUUUAAUGCUUUUCUACAGUGUAGUGAUUACUCUCUCUAUCUGUCUGGCUACUAGCUUUAUCAUUUUUCAUAGAAUAAUUCACUCAGUACUACUACCUUAUCAUUAUUGUUCUCAUAGAGUUGUAAUCCAUCAUCAGAUAUUUAUUCAUUCAUCUAGUCAUCAGAUAACAUCCACCACCAUAAUCAUCAUCCUAUAUCAUCACAUACUAAUUUAGAAUCCUU